CCACCGGGGCGCUCUCUUACCCCGCGCAACUCUUCUACUACGGCGACAGCACGAAAGUCCUGCAAUUGGGCCCCCACGACACGAACUUCAACAUGCACCGCUUUCCCAACCCCGGCGGACCCAAACUGAGCUUCGUCGACCCGCACGAGCAAUACUCGAGCUCUGCGGACGCCUUCUGGUUCUCCGCCGUCGUCCGCCCGAAGGCGUACGUGCACAAGAGAAGCCCGUCCGAAGUGUUGAUUCCGGCCACCGGGGUGCGGAAAUUGACGCGCGAGAUGGUGCAUCCCCCACAGGAGCUCCCCCCGGCGCGGCCUGGGAGCGGCGGGAGCAAAGAGACCGAAAAAUUCGUUUUACCCUACUCCUCCUCCAGCGCGGACGAGUCGCAGCAGGAAAGCGUAAGCGAUGAGGAUCAACAUCACGGAAGAACGAGGAAAACAUCGUCAAAAAAUCAUGCUACGGUCUUCCAGGCACUCGCCUCGCAGAAGGAAGACGAUUUCAAUCCCUUCAACCCGACCUCGAAGCGGCGAUUUUACUUUGCGCUGUCCGAGGCGGCUUUUAACUUUCUCCAAGAGCACGACAGCGAACUGCUCUCGAAAAUCCAGCACCGCAUUGUCGUGUACGGGAAGGUCUCCCCUUCGGGGAAGGUGGCGGUGGUCCGGUCCCUCCAGCGGCUCGGCCCGCACGUGGUCGGGAUGUGCGGCGACGGGGGCAACGACUGCGCGGCGUUG